GUCUGAGGUAGGGCGGAGGAACAGAACUGUAGGCUACUGAAUAGAAGUUAAGCGGCAAGUCUAGAGCCGUAGUGUUGCCGCGGUGGCACCACCCCCACGUCGCUCUCUGGAGAGUUCUGUGUUCUACAGGCUAACGUUACGUGAGUUCCUUCCCACCAUCACCACCUGCUCGGGGCUUCGCUUUAUGUCAAAAUCACAGCUACAAUCGGUGUAUGUUUUCAAGAGGUACCGCAGGCUAUGUUUAUCUCUGUCCUGUUAAGGGGAAAUGUAGUAUCUCAUCCUAUUGUUUAAUUCCGGUAAAUAGACAUAUUUCUAAUCAGUCCAAAUAGUUAUAAGUUUUUUUCGUUGAAUGCGUCUUGUAUAAUCUAGCCUAUAAGACGCCAUUGUUUUAAGUAAGAGCUUUAACGACACAUGACAACUCAAGAUAUAACACGUAACGUCAGCUCGACACAGCAUCAUUUUGUCAGUAGCUUCAUAACUUGUGGUUUUACCUUUUGUCGGAUAGGAUACAUAAAUACAAGCUUGUGGUGCGCAGCGAAAUAACGUAAUUGUGCGUCAGACAUAAUUUGUCCUGAACAGAGUUGUUUUAAUAGCCUAUGCUUAGUGGCAGGGUUCUUCAAUAUAGCGAGGAUUUGCAUAUCUUGUUUUAAAUAGACAAACCAAAAGAUAUUACCCAGCCUAUCGGUUAGUCUAACGUCAGCCAACACUUUUCCCAGGAAAUUAAGUAGCAUGGACGUCGUCUGACAGUGAAGAGGGAAACUGCAUCAAGUGUCGGUCCUCUUGCAAACCAACUGAUGAAACAUAUUUCAAGAAGCGCUUCAGAAAGUGGUUGUUGAGGACCACAUCUCUCCAGCUGUGAGCAACAUUUUUUUCAUGAUGAGACCGUAACAAUUGCCUUUUAACGUUAGGUGUCCUGUGAGUUUUAUCCAAACAGCUUAACUUGCAACUCGCCUGACUGUACAGCUGCUCACUGAAUUUACUACGUUUUAUUUCGGGACUGAAGCAGCAUGGUAUUGUGUGAGCCCAGUGUCGGCGGUUUUCAUGUCGAGCAAGGUGACGGCAGAGAGAAUUCAGUGAUCAGAAUCCUCACAGCUACGAAACAGCGCGAGGGGGGACUGUAGCUCAAAAGAGAGCUGCUGAGCGCCACUGCCACUGCCACAAUUCUGACCCCAGAAUGACAGACCGAGGAGGUCGCCUUCACUAUGAAAUAAGUGUUGACGCCGAAGAAACGGAGAUAAAAACACUUUUUGGAGAAUUGAAGGGUAUACACCAAACUCGCCAAAACAAGCCCCCGAACAGAAGAGUGAAUACAGAGGACAUUGUUCGCACAGGAGACGGUGGCUCGUAUCAGGCAGAUCCCGGGAAAACCUGUAACGCUACAAAUGUGAUGUCCGUGCAUCACAGUGCUUCUGAAUUCAGGUUUACUGAGCACCACUAUUUCGGUUCUGACAGUGAGGCUUUUGUGAACAGCCGGAGCCAAACACUUGCGAACAAAAUGAUUGUCGCUAACGCAAGAAAUUCUUCAUCAAGAUUUUCAAACCACAAUGGAAGGGGAAAGUUGGCAUUAAGAUCAUGGAGUUUGUGGGCGUUGUGUCUUUUCAUACACGUGUUGAAAACAGCAGCUCAAGGUGAUGUGGCUCCAUACUUCAAAACGGAGCCUGGACCCCCAGAGAUACACCUGGAGGGCAACCGUCUGGUGCUUACGUGUCUGGCUGAGGGGAGCUGGCCGCUGGAGUUCAAAUGGAUACUCAACAACUCCGACAUCACCUCCUUCGCACCACAGUACAAGUACACCAUUCCCUCCCUGCAGCACUCCAACCGGGGCCUCUAUCAGUGUGUGGUGAGGAACAGGAUGGGCGCGCUGCUCCAGAAGAGGGCGGAAGUCCAGGUGGCAUACAUGGGCAGCUUCACGGAGGCCGAGCAGAGGAAGACGGUGACCCAGGGCCGCGCGGCUGUGCUCAACUCCCCGGCGGUCAGCUGCUACCCGCGGCCGCAGGUGACAUGGUUCAGGGACGGCUACAAGAUCAUCCCCAGCAGCCGAGUAGCCAUAACCCUGGAGAAUCAGCUCGUGGUCCUCGCCACGGCCGCGGCGGACAUGGGGAGGUACUACGUCCAGGCUGUUAAUGAGAAAAACGGCGAAAACAAGACGAGCCCAUCCAUUCACCUGACAGUGGCAGUAGGCAAGAGGAACCGGGGGUCACAUGAUACUGAGGCUCCAGCCGACCCUGUAGCGCCAGUCAUAGUGAUUCCACCUCGGAAUACGACGGUGGUGGCAGGGGUGUCCGAGGCCACGCUGGAGUGCGUGGCUAAUGCACGUCCGGUGGACAAGCUGAGCAUCACCUGGAGACGGAACGGGGUGGAGGUGGCGAGUGGCUUGGGCUCGUUUGGCCGGCGGCUGACCAUAGUGAACCCCACGUCAACUGAUGUUGGGCUGUACGUGUGCGAGGCCUCGCUGCUGGACAGUAGUGUGCGCUCGGCAGAGUCCCGUGCCUACCUGUCCAUUACAGAGGUGCCGUACUUCACAGUGGAGCCACGGAGAAAGGUCAUCGGCGAGGUGGAGAGAACCGUCGAGAUCCAAUGCCAAGCCAGAGGGGUGCCAGCACCCAGAAUUGAAUGGUAUAAGAAUGCGGUGCCUCUGAGUAAGCUCAACAACCCCCGCUACAAAGUCCUAUCCAGCACGGGCCUCCAGGUCAGGAAGGUGCACCCCAGUGAUGCCGGCAUCUACCAGUGUUUUGCCAGGAACUCAGCCGGAGAGAGCCAGGCGCACACCUACCUAGACGUCACAAGCAUGGCUCCGGCGUUCCUCGACCCGCCCUCCAAUGCCACCGUGACCGAUGGGGCCGUCGCCACGUUCUCGUGCCAGAUCUCCGGAGCGCCCAAGCCUGCCAUCACCUGGAAGCGAGCAGACUCUCAGACCUUGGCCAGUGGCUCGGUACAGAUCCCUCGUUUCACGCUGCUAGAGUCGGGAGGUCUGCAGAUCAACCCAGUGGCGCUGCAGGACACGGGGCACUACACCUGCUACGCAGCCAACACUGAAGGAGCCAUCAACGCCUCAGCCAGCCUCACUGUCUGGAGUCGCACUUCCAUCUCACUGCCGCCUACAGACCGGCGCGUCAUAAAGGGAACGACGGCCAUCUUGGAAUGUGGCGCCACCCACGACCCCCGUGUUGCUCUGAGCUUUGUGUGGAAGAAGGAUGGCGAGCUGGUCACCCAGUCCAGAGGGGGGCGUAUCAGCCUGCAAGACGGCUCUCUGCUCAUCACGCAGACCUGGUCCGGCGACAUCGGCGACUACACCUGCGACGUGCUCUCCCAGGCUGGGAACGACUCCAAGGCUGCCCGUCUGGAGGUCAUUGAGCUGCCCCACUCCCCGCGGAACCUGCAGGCCAGCCUCAACAUCAGCGACAGCCGCAGCGUUGACCUGACCUGGAUGCGGCCCUUCGACGGCAACAGCCCCCUGCUACACUACGUGGUGGAGCUCUCGGAGAACAACUCCCCAUGGAAGGUUUACCUGCCAGAGGUGGACCCCUCCCUUACUGGAGCUGUGGUGAAGGGGCUCACUCCGGCCAGGACCUACCAGUUCAGAGUGUGUGCCGUCAAUCAAGUGGGCAAGGGCCAGUACAGCACUGAGACCAACAGACUGAUGCUACCUGAAGAGCCCCCCAGCGCCCCGCCCAAGAACAUCGUGGCCAGUGGCCGCACCAACCAGUCCAUCAUGGUCCAGUGGCAGCCCCCCCCUGAGCCUCAGCUCAAUGGGGUCUUGAGGGGCUACAUCCUCAGGUAUCGCCUGGCGGGUCUCCCCGGGGAGCAUCAGCACAAGAACAUCAGCAGCCCCGAGAUCAACUACUGCCUGAUCACGGAGCUCAUCAUCUGGACACAGUAUGAGAUCCAGGUGUCGGCGUACACGGGCGCGGGUCUGGGUGUUUUCAGCCUGCCAGUGACAGAGUACACGCUGCAGGGAGUCCCCACAGCGCCCCCUCAGGGAGUGGAGGCCACGGCUGUCAACUCGACCACAAUCAGGUUCACCUGGAACCCACCACCACAGCAGUUCAUCAAUGGCAUCAAUCAAGGCUACAAGCUCAUGGCAUGGCCAGAGCAUACUCCUGAAGCCAUGACGAUAGCGACCAUCACCCCGGACUACCACGGCACCCGGCACAUUGGGCACAUCACCGGGCUGAAGAAGUUCACCUGGUACCUGACAUCAGUGCUGUGCUUCACAACCCCGGGAAAUGGGCCCAGAAGUGUUCCCAGACUUGUCCAGACUCAUGAGGACACACCAGGCCCUGUAGGUCACCUGAGCUUUACAGAGAUCCUGGACACUUCCCUGAGGGUGAGCUGGGAGGAGCCCAUGGAGAAGAACGGGAUCGUCUCAGGCUACGUUGUAUCAUGGGAGGUGCCGGGGAGAAACUCUUCACGAGUGACACGGACCAUGGCCAACACCACCCUGGAGUACAAGGUGACGGGUCUCACCUCCCUCACCACCUACACCCUGGAGGUGGCAGCCAGUACAGAGGCUGGUGUGGGGACGGUCACCUCCUCCACCAUCUCCUCAGGGGUGCCUCCAGAGCUUCCUGGACCCCCAUCAAACCUGGUUAUCUCGAAAAUAAGCCCCCGCUCCGCAACGCUGAAAUUCCGCGCCGGGGAUGAUGGGAAAACGUCCAUCUCUAAGUGGAUCGUUGAAGGACAGGUGGGGAACAUUGAUGAGGAUGAAGAAUGGAAGGUGAUGUAUGUGAAGGAGAACGACCCGGAAGCCCAGGUUCUAGAGGUUCCUGGCCUCACACCUUUCACCUUCUAUAGGUUCCGGAUGCGCCAGGUCAAUGUGGUGGGGCCCAGUCCAGAGAGUGUGCCUUCGCGUGUUAUCCAGACUCUGCAGGCUCCCCCUGAUGUUGCCCCUGGCAGCGUGACCGUCCGCACCGCAAGCGAGACCAGUCUGUGGCUACGCUGGAUGCCACUGCCGGAGUCGGAGUACAACGGGAACCCGGAGACGGUGGGCUACCGCGUGCGUUUCUGGCGGGCCGACCUGGAGGGCGAGUCGCGUGUACAGGUGGUGAGCGACCGCCUGGAGAGGGAGCUGACCCUGGAGGGUCUGGAGGAGUGGACCGAGUACUCCCUUCAGAUCCAGGCCUUCAACUCCAUCGGCCCCGGGCCCUGGAGCAAGAGCAUCAGGGGCCGCACGCGAGAGUCAGUGCCAUCUGGAGCGCCGGAGAACGUGACUGUUGAGGCGGUGAGCUCCACUCGUAUCCUGGUUACCUGGAAUCCGGUUCCGGAACAGGAGCAGAAUGGGAAUAUUCUUGGAUACAAGGUGCUCUAUAAAGAGAAGGACUCUGACUCGGAGGCCCAGGUGCAGGUGGUGAAGGGGAACCUCACCCAGUCAGUGCUGCUGAGGACCCUGCGUAAAUACGUCCAGUACCAGAUCCAGGUGCUGGCCUUCACGCGCAUCGGAGACGGCGAGCUCAGCAGCCCACCUGUGCUGGAGAGGACAAAGGAUGAUGUUCCAGGGCCUCCCAUACGGCUGGUCUUCCCAGAGGUGCGCCUAACAGAAGUCAGAGUGGUCUGGCAGCCCCCAGUGGAGCCCAACGGCAUCAUUAUGGGAUAUCAGGUGGCUUAUCGGCUGGAUACCGGAGACCCAAACCAGUUCACGACAGUGGUGGUGGGCCCAGACGCUCGCCAGUUCACAGCCUCGGGCCUGCGCCCGGAGUCGGCCUACAUCUUCCGGAUCAGCGCCAAAACAGAGCAGGGCUGGGGCACCGCAGCGCAGGCCAUAGUCAUCACCACCGAAGUCAGAGAGCGUCCCCAGCCCCCGGUGCAGCUGAGUGUCCCCCAGGGCCUGGUGCAGUCCCGCCGGCUGCAGCUGGACUGGGUCCCCGGGGGCGACGGCUCGUCUCCGGUGCGCUACUUCACCCUGCAGACGCAAGAGCUGCCGGACGGGAUCUGGCUCACCCACUCCUCCGCCAUCGGACACAACUUCACCUCCUGGGACGUGGACCGGCUCAAACCCUACACCUCCUACAAGCUGAGGAUGAUGGCGACUAACGACAUCGGAGACAGCAAGUACAGCAAAGAGACGGACGCAGUCACCACCUUACAAGACAUUCCUGACGAAGCCCCUGACAUCCAGGCUGUGAAGCCGUCCACCACCACAUCAGUGUUGGUUCAGUGGCAGGCGCCCAAAGACGAAAGUGUGAACGGAGUGCUGGUGGGCUACCGUCUGUACUACAGAGAGCUCCAGUAUGACAGCUCUCCACAGGAGCCAAAGAAGGCUGUCAACAGCUCGUCAACGCGCACCGAUCUGGCAGGCAAAAGCACUGUGAAGACCGUGAGCAAUCCUUCGCUAACCGAAUUUGAGUUAACGCAGCUGCAGAAAUACAGACGCUAUGAAAUAGUGAUGACAGCUUACAAUAUAAUCGGCGAGAGUCCGCCCAGCGCUCCAUUUGAGGUGUUUGUCGGCGAAGCAGCUCCUUCUGUGGCCCCCCAGAACAUCCGGGUCAGUCCCCUCUCCUCGUCCCAGCUGGAGGUGCUGUGGGAGCCACCGCCCGUGGAAACCCAAAAUGGCAUCAUUCAAGGCUACAAGAUCCAUUACUGGGAAAUGGACAAUCAAAACGAGACAGAGAAGGUGAAGAUCCUCUUCCUGCCGGAGACCAUGGUGAAGCUGAAGAACCUGACCAGCUACACGUUCUACCAGGUGAAGCUCUCUGCCUUCAAUGCGGCUGGCAACGGCCCCCUCAGCGAGCCCAGAAAAGGACGCACUCUCCAAGCAGCACCCAGCGCUCCAAGCUUCGUGUCUUUCUCGGAGGUGACGAGCAGCACGCUGAAUGUCUCCUGGGGCUUCCCUCUGUCUCCCAACGGCGUGGUGGAGGGCUACAGGGUGGUCUACGAGCCCACUGCCCCCAUCCAUGGUGUCAGCAAGGUGGUGACGGUGGACAUCAGGGGCAGCUGGCAGCGCUGGCUGAAGGUGCGGGAUCUCACCAAAGGGGUGACCUACUGCUUCCGCGUGCAGGCCAAGACCAUCAGCUACGGGCCCGAGGCCGAGGCCAACAUCACCGCCGGCCCCGUGGAAGGAUCCCCAAGUUCUCCGGUAGAGAUGUCCAUCACCAAGUCCACCUCUGCCCUCACUCUCCACUGGGCGCCAGGGAACGCAGGGUCCGGGCAUCUCACCGGCUACGUGAUCGAGGCACGGCCCUCAGACGAGGGCCUGUGGGACACGUUUGUGAGGCUCCUGCCACCCAGCAGCACGUCGCACGUCAUCAGCCUGGAUCGCCUGCGCCAGGGGGUCAGCUACCAGUUCCGGGUCCUCGCCAUCAACCAUUUUGGCUACGGUGAACCAAGUGUGCCAUCUGCUGCCAUGUCAGCCCAGCUGGAGACACCAUUCUACGAGGAGUGGUGGUUCCUGAUCAUCCUGGCCCUCAGCGGCCUGAUCCUGCUGCUGAUGGUGGUGUUUGGGCUGCUCUUCCACGGCCAGAGCAGGAGGCACAAGGGCUCCACAGCAGGCAAAGCCGUCUCAACGGUGGAGGAGUCUGUCACCCUCGACAACGGAGGCUUCACAGCGCUGGAGCUCAACAGCAGACCUCUGCACGUCAAGAGCACCUUCCUGCGCAAGAACGGGACCAGAUCUCCCCCUCGGCCAAACCCAGCAGGGCUUCGCUACUCGGACGAGGACAUCUGCAACAACUACAAUGGCGGCGUGUCGACUGAGAGCACCGCCCUCACAGAGAGGCCCACAGAGGCCUCUGAGUCAGAGGCCACGGACAGUGACUGCGAGGAGGACCAGGUCAAGCACUCGUUUGUGAACCACUACAUGAGCGACCCCUCGUACUUCAACUCGUGGAAGAGGCAGCAGAAGGGCCUGAAGCAGACGCUGGCCUGCGCCUACGAGGAGUGUGCCAGCGGCGACACAGACUCCUACUACCAGACAGUGGUCACCCAGCACAGCGUGGGGGGCGUGUACACCCCCGCCGGACAGCCCGCCACGGGCUCACGGACGCCCGUCACAGGCUUCUCGUCCUUUGUGUGACGGCCCGGGGCUCAGUGGGUGCUAGAACUAAGUUCAAAAAGAAUUUUAAAAAAAGGGGGUCUGGCCCCUCUGGCUUUGGCUCAGAGUCUGAUAGCUGGUGGGAUCGUGCAGUGGAAGGAAGGAAGGAUGGAUGGAUGGAAAGAAGGAAAGAAAGAAGGAUGGAUGGAAAGAAGGAAGGAAGGAGCAAAUGACACUAGUGGAGAGAUACUCACAGACAUUUGACAUUUCACUUCGAGCACUAUAUAAGAUAUUUAAGACUGGUCAUUUGUUGGGUUUUUAUGUACUUUCAUGCUGAUCAGUGAUUGUGUCAGUUUCAAAAGAAGAGGAAAAAAUUAUGAAUUAAUUAAUUAAGAAAAACUUUUUGUUCACAGGAAGAAAAAAAACUUGUCUGCAAAAGCACCUGAGAUAAUCACUACAUUUGGAAGUGUACGAUCACGUUUUAUUUUUGUGUUUGUGUGUGUGAGUGUGUAGACAUGUGUGUAAGAGAAUGGAGUCAUGAAUCGCAUCUGUGUGUGCAACCCAGAGUUCAAAUCUACUUUUUUAGAUGUAUGUUGAAAGCAGGGUAUCCAUAACGAUAGGGCAGGUCAUACAAUGAUGAAUAGUGCAUCUACGGAAGAACAUUCUCUCUUCUAUGUCUCAAAUAAAUCAUUCCAAGACCAUUCCCGUGUCACUUUCACAGUGGAUCUCAAUGGAAUGACACCAUGCGUGAACGACUGCUUAAUUAUGUACCAAGUCGAGUCAAACAUCUGACUAUCCACAAUGUCCAUGCAGCCUGUCACCUAUGCUCAAUGUAAAGUUCUUUAGGACUUUUCUUUGAAUAUGAAGAGCUGAGUAGUGCUGUCUGCUGUGUGUGCUUGUUUACUGCUUCACAAAGUAACCAGUGCCAGUAUCCAAAGAAAACCUUCCCCUUCGAGUGGCGAGUAAAGGAGGGCGUAAUCCGGCGGUGUUUUUCCACUGCUUAGUAUCCUCCCAGCAUCACAACAACUACAAAAGCACUUGAUUUGACUUCAAAUUAGACAGAAAACUUUAACGAAGGAUUCUGUUAUGAUUUGUUUCCUCUCUCAACAGUAUGAAUGUAGUAAUUCCCUAGUCAGUGUUUGUGGGAGGAAGGAAAUGUAUUGCCUUUGCACACAUCAACUGCACUCCUAAGCCAUACGGGCAUCACUUUAACAAGAAAAAAAAACAUUGCAUUAAGCAUAAUUUGCUUAACAAAAUCCCCAUGACUUGUUGUGUUUUUUAACUGACAGGCAUUGUUUUGUUCCCUUUUUAGCUGUGUUAUAUGUUUAAUGCUCAGACCGUCAGAUUUCGAGAAUUAUUUGCUCUGGAUUUUUUUUAAGUGUUUUUGAAAAGUGCUGUUGAUUCACUGUAUUUUUUUUUGUUGGAUUUUAUGGUUUCUGCAGCUUUACACUCAAUGCCAAACACUGUACAGAAAACUAUUCUUCUAUCAGUCAUGAACUGCAUCAUCUGUUUCACCAUGAGUGUAUGUUAUUGAAUUUUCAUACAGUAAAAUGAUUUCCCACCUUUUGAGAGGAAUUAAAUGUUUGCUGUUCA